GAGUCGAAUGGAGCCGCAACACGGCGCGUUCCCCUUCCCCUGCGUGCGCGUGCCCGAUGUUUGUCGUCACACGCUUAACCCGGACGUGAAGCCGCGCGACAGAAAAAUAUCCGAUACGGUCGAAGAAAAGCCUCAAAAAUUUUCCUGAGUGGACAGACAAAGCGGCGCACUCUUCUGAGACAUAUACAGAGACAGACACACCUCAGCCAAUGGAGAGAGAGACGGUGUGAUAGACUGAAAGAGGAGCACCUGACUUGGCAAUGGGAACUCCUGCUUCACCAGAUGUUUAGUGGACUUUGAUCUGAGACAGGUUCUGCUGUUGUUGUGACGCUCUUUGUGUUCUCCCUCCAUGUUCUCUCCAUGUUUUCUGGACGACUUUGAACCUCAGUGUGUGCGCAGAUCCUAGCGGCGGCUGUGCUAUGUCUGCAUAAAGUUUGUGCGAGACUGUGAGAAGUGCUACUCAGCGAGAGAGAGAGAGAGUGUGUGUUUGGGGCGUUGUCUGCUGGCAGUUGUAGUGCCCUCUUCUCCCCACACGCUCAAAGCUGGCGAUGUCCAGGGUCCCGAGUCCGCCCCCUCCCGCUGAGAUGACCAGCGGCCCAGUGGCCGAAAGCUGGUGUUACACACAGAUCAAAGUGGUGAAGUUUUCCUACAUGUGGACCAUCAACAACUUUAGCUUCUGUCGGGAGGAGAUGGGCGAGGUCAUUAAAAGCUCCACCUUCUCCUCAGGAGCCAAUGACAAGCUCAAAUGGUGUUUGCGAGUGAAUCCAAAAGGGCUGGAUGAGGAGAGUAAAGAUUACUUGUCUCUCUAUUUGCUCCUGGUCAGCUGUCCUAAGAGUGAAGUGCGUGCCAAGUUCAAGUUCUCCAUCCUUAAUGCCAAGGGUGAGGAGACCAAAGCCAUGGAAAGUCAGCGAGCCUACCGAUUUGUUCAGGGCAAAGACUGGGGUUUCAAGAAGUUCAUAAGACGGGACUUUCUGCUGGACGAGGCAAAUGGGCUGCUUCCUGAUGACAAACUGACCCUUUUCUGUGAGGUGAGUGUGGUGCAGGACUCAGUGAACAUCUCUGGGCAGAACACUAUGAACAUGGUGAAGGUUCCGGACUGCAGACUGGCUGAUGAGCUGGGUGGACUGUGGGAACACUCUCGCUUCACCGACUGCUCGCUCUGCGUAGCUGGACAAGAGUUCCAGGCACACAAAGCCAUCCUGGCAGCUCGCUCGCCAGUUUUCAGUGCCAUGUUUGAGCAUGAAAUGGAGGAGAGCAAAAAGAAUCGAGUGGAGAUUAAUGAUGUGGAGCCAGAAGUGUUCAAGGAGAUGAUGUGCUUCAUCUAUACUGGCAAAGCGCCCAACCUGGACAAAAUGGCAGACGAUUUACUUGCUGCUGCUGAUAAGUAUGCUCUGGAGCGUCUGAAAGUGAUGUGUGAAGAUGCACUGUGUACGAGCUUGUCCGUGGAGAAUGCAGCGGAGAUCCUUAUUCUAGCCGACCUGCAUAGCGCUGACCAGCUCAAAACACAGGCUGUUGACUUCAUCAACUACCAUGCAUCAGAUGUGAUGGAGACAUCAGGAUGGAAGUCUAUGGUGGCGUCUCACCCUCAUCUGGUGGCCGAGGCAUAUCGCUCGCUCGCGUCUGCUCAGUGCCCCUUCCUGGGCCCACCUCGCAAACGUCUCAAACAGUCAUAGUGCCCACCUCCCCUUAGCCUUCCUUUCUAACCAACCCCCACAGGACUGCCCACUUGGAGGUGACAUUCUUAAAUUUAACCUUAACCUCUAAAUAUACCCCAAAGUAGGGAAUCUAGCCAACCCUUAACUCCGAAGUAAGUGUCCUGUAGUGUCCCUCUUCGUCCAUAUACCAGCCAACCCUCUCAUUAACAACCCAAAUCCCCAAAGACCCCAAAAGAGGGCCAGGAGGAACUUUUGGCUCUUACCCCCAGCAAAGAGCUUGUCCACGGUGGCAAUGUGAAAGCUGUAGCUGGGUGGGGGUUGUCCUCUCCUCAGUACCUUGCCCUACUUGCCCAGCUAAGCCAGGAUAAGAUAGAUUUCUGCAAAGUUCCUGGUGACAGUGGUCAGGGGGAUUGGAUGACAGGGACAUGGACAGACAAAUGAGCAAGAAAAGAAAUGGAUUGAUGCUGUUUGAUGCAACUGUUUAUAUAUAUAUAUU